AUGAGACUGAGGCUUGCUAUCGAGCUCGGUCUUACAGAAUUUGCCGGCAAGGUCCUACAGACGCACACAGCAGACAUUACGAACUACGACAUCGACAUUGAUUAUUCACCUUUGGUCACAUCAGUAUGCAAAGGCCACGAGAACGUUGUUCGUCUGCUAGUUCAGCUCGGUGCAGAUACGCCCGCCAUGUACGCAUUCCACUCCGGCGAUGAAUCGAUAACCGCGGCAUUUCUGCCCUAUAUGAAAAGCACGGGGGCGAUCACCAAUGCCCUGAUUUGGGCUAUCGAGAGUGAAGCACAAGCCUCUCAUGCCGUUCGACUGAUUCUCAAGCAUCCUAUGCUUGAUGUCAAUGAUAAAACACGUGCCAAUGGUACAGCAUUGUAUUUUGCAUGCACGAAGGUGCGCCCAGAUCUGGUCGACAUGCUUCUCCGGGCGGGCGCGGACGAGAAUAUCCUGCACAACCAAUCCAGGAAUCCGCAGGGGCUUGACGCGGGCCGCAAUGUUCUACACACUCUUGCUCGCGGCUAUAUGCAGGGCCAGCAUCUCGAAGCAUGCGAUGAGGAUGUAAAGAGGUGUGUUGAAUUGGUAUUUGCGGUGGGGGUAAACGUACAUCAAGUCGACGCACGGGGAAACACUGCGCUGCAUGGAGCAAAGGAUGCCACGGCUGUACGGCGCCUCUUGGAUGCUGGUGCAGAUGCCAAUGCUACUAAUCAGUUCGGAGAAAUACCUCUGCACAAAUGCAGGGAUGACAAUAUAUUCAAGUUACUGACGGAGAGAAACGAUAUCAACGCCAAGUCGAAAGGGGGCAGAACCCCCUUGGUCAGUCUCUUGGCCAACUCUCACAAGGUCGACACCCAAAGCUACGCGCGGGCGCUUGAGCAGGCUCUCCAACUAAUGAAGGUUGGAGCGGAUGUUACACUGACAGACGACCAGGGCAACAGUGCUUUACAUCACGCAGUGCGAAUGGAACACACCGGCAAGCACGGGCUACCGUUCCUCGAGGCAUUGAUAGCCAGCGGAGCCGAUGUAAACCUCAGAAACAACCAAGGCGAAAUCCCUUUGCACACAAUAGAACCUAAAGCCUGUGCCGGACUCCAAGAAAAUGUUCUGACGACUUUGAUCAAUACGAAGGCAGAUACGGAGGCCGGAGAGAACAAGGGACGCAGUCCUCUGAUGAGCUUCGUAGACUGUCUGGAAAAUUCCAGUCCAGAGGAUGUCGUUGCCUUGUUCAAGAAAAUGGUAGAGGUAGGCGCACUCCUUGACACAACCGACUCGACAGGCAGAACGCUCCUACAUGCUACUACUCCCCACUGCCGAGGCGAUACGGCCCCUUUGCGGUAUUUGGCGGAUCACGGCGUCGAUCCCACACAGACCGACAAGGAGGGGAAUACCCUGUGGCAUAUUGCAAUACCAAGGUUCUGUAGCUGGAGGGUAUUACCCAACGCUUUUUACGAGAUCGCGGCUCUUGGGGUCCAUCCUAGAACGCCAAACAAACGUGGCCAGAGUCCUCUGCACGUAGUCUGCAGUUUUCGACAGUGGGCGUGGCAGAAGGCCAGCAAGUCUGGGAAAGAAGAUUUCCCGACCAUUUUCGACUACAUUGUAGCUGCCCAGGAAGAUGUCGACUGUCCUGAUGAUGACGGUGUGACUGGGUUACACCUGGCUUCCACUUUUGCGGAAGACAUGGUCUCCAUACUCUUGUCAAAGGGUGCAGAUCCGUCCAGGGCCACGCACGAGGAGUUAACACCUUUGCAUCUCGCAGCGCGAUCCAGGCAGGCUAACAUCAUGGGUCACCUACUAGAUAGCCUCAGAGCCGCGAAGAGCCCUGACGCUUUCCUCGCAACGAUCGACGCUACAGAUAGCCUCGGUCGUACAGCUCUCUACUAUGCAUGUGCCUCUGGCAGAGCGGAGAGUGUUGCCGUGCUUCUUGACCAUGGUGCAACUCUGGAUUCGGUCUCCUUUACAGGAUCAGCAUGGAGCGGCUGUGCCGAUUUUGAAGAAGAACAGAGCACCCCAGGAUGGCAUCGAUUCCAAAAAAAAUGGGCUCCACUGAAGAUGGGGAGCCUCACGCGGGAGGCGUCUUGGUCUUCGACCCACGGCGACCUGCACCUUGCCAGGCCUUGA